AUGAGAACAGAUAUUACGCUUUUUAUAUUCAAUGCGCCUAUAGAUCAAUAUUUUCAGGGUAAAGAAAGGAAUGUACAUACUCAGUUACAGCCAUUAAGCGUGCGUGAGGACUCUAUAAUGGGAAGCAAAUGCCAAGAAGUUUUUGUGGCCCUCGGAAAAGACCUGUUACAAAGUGUCUCUACUCUCCGAUGGACUCUCCAGAACAAACCAGCUGAAUCUUUAGUUUUACUUCACGUUCAGCAUCCUAUAAGAACCAUUCCAUCGCCCUUUGGGAAAAUUCCUCUCAAUCGAGUAUGCAAGAGUGUGGUGGACGCGCACGUAGAGGAUGAAAAGCGAAAGUUAAAUGAUUGCAUGGAAUUUUAUUUGCAGAUUUGUUCCCAAGCCAAGGUGAAAGCAAAGGCUUUGAUAGUUAUGAGGGCGGAUGUUCGCAGGGGAAUCGUCGAAAUGGUUUCAGAGCAAGUUAUCAGAAAGCUUAUCAUGGGCACAUCGUCAGCAGGCGGUGCAGAAUCCAAGAGAAAGAUGCAACGAGCAGGCAAAGCGGGUUACGUUCUAAUGCACGCGAUCAACUCCUGCGACAUAUCGAUCGUGUGUAAAGGAAAACUUCUAGCAGUGAGGGAAAGAUCUUUCGUGGAUAAUGUUGAUAUUUAUAGGCACCAUCGUUCGUUUGCUAAUGCGAAUUUCGAAACAUCAUCAGAGGAUUUUGGUGGACCAUGGUCAUUGCAGCCAAACUUCCUACUAGAUUCGCCCACCCCCAUUAAAACACCGGAGAAAUUUUUAAAUGAGCGAGGGUUUACGCCAGACAGUGUCAUGAGAGAUAGUAAGCCUGACAAAGAGAACCAAUUGGUUUUGACGCAAUCAGUGAACUUUCCUGAGAGGACAGAUAGGGAAAGCCUGAAAUUUGUGCUCAGGGAUGCGUCGGAAGAGGCGGAGAACGAAAAGGCGGAUGCCAUGGAGUCAGCUCGCAAGUUUAGGGCUACUGAAGCUGCCCUACAAGAUGCGAUAUUGGUGUCGAAAAUGAAAGAAGAGUAUUGCCAAGACUUAACAAGGAGGGUAAAGGAAGUGGAAGAGGAGCUAGAAGUAAUGUCGACAACGGGAAAUCAGUGGCCACACAAUUGA